CAAAUUAAAACCCUAAUUAUUCGCCUACACCCCUCUCUUUUUUGGCGAACUUUUUUUGAAAUCAAAAUGGCGACGGCGCAACAAGGCGGAGCCACCACCACCACCACCGCCGCAGCUCCUUCCUAUGGCGGCGGCGGAGGAGGAGGAGCUGGGGGAAAGUUCCGAAAGAAGCCAUUCCGCAAACCGACGACGCCUUACGAGCGCCCUCCCAUCGCCCUCCGCGGCAACAGCAGCAGCAGCACCACCACCAGCUGGUUGACGAAGCUGGUGGUGGAUCCCGCCUCCAAGCUCAUUUCCUAUGGCGCGCGCCGCUUCUUUGAUUCUGUUUUCCGCAAACGACGCCUUCCUGCGCCGCCUCCUCCUCCGCAGAUAUCAGAGUCAAACCAUGUAUUGAGUGGUGCACGUCCAGACGCAGUUCUAAGUGAGCCUGUAGGCGGUGAACAGCGCCAGCCAAUAAGUUCUAACGGGACUGGGAUAUCUGACCUUGAGCAAUUGCUGAAACAAAAGACUUUCUCCAGGUCUGAAAUUGACCAUUUGACGGAACUGUUGCAUUCAAGAGGUGGAGAAAGUUCUGUUGGGGAUGAUGGAAAAAGAAAUGAAGAGACGGUGUCAGAUUUUGGAAGGCAUCGAAAAAUUGAAAAUGGUAUGAAUGCAAAUGGAAACAAGGAGGAUAGAUUUCUCAGAGUUGAUUCAAAGGUUCUUGGGGAUAGUAUUGCUUCUCCUUCUGAACUUGCAAAAGCUUACAUGGGCAGCAAACCCUCAAACUUAUCACCAUCAGUGCUAGGUAACCAUAGUCAAGUUACACUUAGGGAUGAUACCAAGAUGCUUAGUAACAUGAGAACAAAACCUGUCAGCAUGUCACUGACAACGAAGUAUCCAGUCAGCUUUGGUUCACCUGGUAAUGGUCAUGUUACAAACCCGAGAUCUCUUGGUAGAUCUGCUAUUUUCAACAUGGCUCGCACCCCGUACUUAAAGAGUAAUGGUAUCAAUCAUAACGGCCAUUCUGGAUUCCUGGUGCCCUCAACUUCUCUUAUGGUUUUGGAAAAUGGUGAAAAAUCUGAGCCCAAGUCAAUGACAUUAAAGCGUAGGAGUUUUGUCUUAGAUGAUGAAAUUGGACCUGGUGGUUCAAUUCGAAGAAUCCGACAGAAAUCUAAUCAAAUAGCACAUGGAAUUCAUUCUGAUAGAGUCGGAAGUAAAUCUGAUGCUAGUCCAGUAUCUUCAAAGCAGAAGCUUCCUUUGAUUGAUGAUCGAGGGCACACCCAGAGAAUUAUCGAGGGAAAUACUUAUACUGAUUUUAGCAACCCAAGCACUAGUUAUGCUAUAGUUCCUUCCAAGUCCAACGGUGCAGAUGUAAAUCUUGGAAGAUUAAAGCCCAAAUCAUCAGAUUCCAAUUUGGUUGCUGUGCCUCUGAAGUCAAAAUUUAUGUUGACGCCAAGUAUGCUUAGUGGACAGGCUCUUAGGAGCAUGGAGGAUGCCACUUCUUCAGAGUUGCUGCUGAAUGCCCAAGACAAUUACAAAUUUGAUAGUGGCGCUGGUUUAUUGGACACUCAUGAUUCUACGCCUCAAGAUCAAGUAAAAACUGCCGAAAAUGGGCCAGUAGAAACUUCUUCCCCUUCCGACCCCGUAAAUAACAGUGACUCUGCAGUAUCCUUUGAAGCUUCUUUGGCUAGAGGUCGAAGUUCAGAUGAUGUAGAAAAUGGUUUGUCUAAACCUCAAAACAAGGCAGCUUUUAGAAUGAGUGCGCUGGAGGAUGAUGUCGAUUUUGAUGAUGACGUGCCCAGUAUUGGAGGAUCACUUGAGGCCCAUCUCACAGAUAGCAAGUUCUCGCCUCCUGAAGAAACCAAACUGUCUGAAACAACUAUCCAGCCAGAACUGAAAUCGCAUUCGGACCUUAUAUUGAGUAAAACAAACGAAGAUAGCAGUGCUGUUAAUAGUGCUGCUCCAUCAGGAGAACAAAAUAAUGGCGCCACAACCCCUGCUUCAGAAAACGUUUCUGCUGCUACUCAGUUCUCUACCCCUCCAUCAGUUGCUGCUUUUAAUGAAUCUAAGGAGAUGAAUAAUCCACCAUCUCAUUACAGUUUUAGUUCUAAAGUCACAGAUAAGUUCCCUUCCUUGAUGCCGGAAUCAAGCACCAGUAAACCAGAAAGCUCUAGCAGCUUGUUGAAUGUUUUCGCUACAUCUAGCUCUCCGGUGACAUCUUCGGAGCCAGGCAAAGGUGGAUACCUGAAGUCUCUUGCUGCUGAAGACACCAAUGGAAAAUCUGAUACUGUUGCCUCUCCUGCAUCUGAUGGGCCGCUUGUUGCAGGCACUCCUGCAAUGUCAUUGACUGCCACAUUCAUCAACAGUACAAAUCCCAUCUCCACUGCUGUUCCUGCUAUUUUUACCUCUUCUGUGAGUGUUUCGGACUCUGUCCCAUCUGGUACAGGCAGCAUCCCUGCAGCCACCUUUGGGAAAAUCACUUUUGGAGCAUCUGAAACUCCUAAAGUUUCAGGGGAAACUGCAAUCAAAUUCGGUGCCUCUUCUGAUCCAUCUACUAAUGUAUCAGCAGCGUCAACUACCAUCGCUCCAAGUUCUGGAAGCUCAUUUAGCUCUCUGACCAAUUUUGGAUUGUUUGGGACACCAAGUUCUGGAAAUAUGACUUCGGGACUGAGUUCAUCAACCAGUAAUCCAUCUGCAAAUAAUUCAGUGGGUUCCCUAUUCGGUGGUGCCAGUAAAUCUUUUGCACCUGCUAUUGGAACUAUUUCUCAGGGGACAUCUUCUCAGUUGAAUUCAUUUGCAUCAAAUACGAGCAGCAGUACUUCUUUUGCUCCUUCCUUGUCCAGUGCUCCUGUUUCCGGUCAGGUCGUGCCCUUUGGUUUUAAUCCGUCAGCUUCCUCAUCAGAUACUGGUGUAGUUGCCUCUAGCAGCGGAUCUGCAUCUAGUUUAUUUGGUGUGAAUCCUACUGCUGUUUCAAAUGGCAGCGCCGGUGGCUCUAGCAGUUUUACUACUUCAAGUUUAUUCAGUUUUGGUGCAAGUUCUUCCUCUUCUACAAUCAAUGCAGUUGGAUCGACUGGCGGUGCAACUGCUCCAGUUUUUGGUGCUGGUUUGAGCUCAUCAGGCCCUGCUUCAGUAACCACCGGCUCCUUCAGCAGUGCCCCUUCUUCGACCAGUGUAGUUGGAUCAAUUGGUGGUGCUGCUGCUCCAGUCUUCAGUUUUGGUGCGAGUUCUUCAGGUCCUGCGCCAGCAACCACCAACACUUUCGGCAGUUCCUGUUCUUUUACUGGUGGUGCAACUGCUCCAGCGUCUAACGCUGCUAGCAGUGCGGUUGGAUCAGUUGGUGGUGCGGCUCCAUCCCCUUUCAGUUUUGGGUUGAGCAAUCCCGCAUCUGCCCCAGCGUCUAAUGCUGCUAGCAGUGCGGUUGGAUCAACUGGUGGUGCGGCUCCAUCCCCGUUCAGUUUUGGGUUGAGCAAUCCCGCAUCUGCCCCAGCGUCUAACGCUGCUAGCCCAUUCAGCAAUGGUGCCACUGGACUUUUUAGCUUUGGUGCAAGUUAUUCGGCCUCAUCCUCAUCAAUCACCACCUCUGUUAGCUCCAACAGUGCUCCUUCUAAUCCCUUCGGUUCCAGUAUGCAAGCUCCUUCGUCUCCUCUCUUUGGGCCGUCUCCAGCUACUGGAUUUUCCUUUGGUGCACAGCCCACACCCUCCGCUCCAAUCAAUGCUGCAUCUUCUCUCUUCGGUUCGUCAACAGCUCAACCAUCGAGCUCCCCUUUCUCAUUUUCCUCCGCCCCUGCUUCAGUCUUUUCUUCACCAGCACCAUCUCUCAGCCAGCCGGUAUUUGGCAACCCGGCCCCCAGUUUUGGAGCCUCCUCGCCAGGGAACAACUUUCAGAUGAACGGAGAAGACAGUAUGGCCGAAGAUCCAGUGCAGUCAACUGCACCGUCUCUUCCUGCAUUCGGCCAAGCCUCCCCUGCUCCCUCAGGCUUCAUGUUCGGAUCAGCAGCUCCAUCUCAAUCGAACAACCCCUUCGCGUUUGGCAGUCAGCAAAGUCAAGCCCCUCCUCCUAACCCUUCUAUGUUUCAGGCAUCAAAUAGUCUGGAUUUCAACGCCGGUGGCAGCUUCUCGUUGGGCAGUGGUGGAGUCGACAAGUCGGGUCGAAAGUUUGUGAAAGUCAAUAGAAACAAAAACAGGAAGAAGUGAAGCUUGUGAUAUCCAUUCAAGAAAAGCUUGGGAUAUCCAUCCAUCAGCUCUUCGAUGUCGGUCGCCGCGGAAAGGUCUGCGGAUUUACCAAUGUCUUCUUCAUCUUCCUUAUAUGGAAAUUUUGAGAGGAACAAACUUUGUAGAAUGUAUUGAUAUUGUUAGAAAGGAGAGGUGUGUGUAAUUGAACUUGAAGCUGUGUUGAAGAAUAAGUCAUGUAAUUCAAUAUCACAUUGUAUAAGCAUUGCCUACUGUUUUACAAAUUCUUCUUUUUUGUAUA